CCUAGACACACCACAUUACUCGUUAAUGACAUACCAUCCACUUGGAUCGCUUAUAAAACCAUUCAAUAAUAUGGGUUACUCCUUAACCAUUCAAUAUGGAUCGUCUUACAAACGUUCUCGCUGCACUUAAUGCAGGCAAAUUACCUUCUCAAGACCAACUCAACGCCUUCAACGACUGGAUCAAGGUCAAUGCAUUGGCGCAGAUGGAACCCGGUCAUCUCAGCCCCCAGGGAAGAGUCAUGGUGAGACAUAUAGGCACCAUCUUGGAUGCCUACAGGACUCUAGGGUCGAACAAAAACAGCGAUGAUUUGCUUCAAGAAGCUAUCUGGCAUCUCUCAGAGGGCGACAUUUCGGUUCCGGCUCCUUCUGACGUCGUAGACACCGACGAAGCUGCACAGGACGUCGAGAAAAUCCGAAAGGCAUUACGAAAACUGCUCCAAAUUGCAUGGUCCAGUAUCUCUUCAGAAGACUCAUUCGUCUUCCGGGACUUUGCCUCAUUCGCACGAUCCUCUCUUGCUGAUGCCGCUGAAAUGGUGGAGGACCAAGCUGCUCGCGCAAAAGAUAGUCUGAGAGAGGUUGAGCAAGAGGUGCAGGAAGGUAAGCGCGAUACCCUCGGCAGAGACAAGGAGAGAAUGGAGGAAGAAGAGAAAGAUGUCAAGGUUCAGUUCGAGCACACGAUGGACUCCUUGAAGGAUACUGGCGCGACAGUGAUUGGCGCCGGGCAGGAUGCGAAGGCUAAAGCGGAAGAGUUAGCAGACAGAACAGGUGAUAGGCUCAAGAACGCUUUCCAAAGGGCCUGCGAGCAGGCUCAGAAGGAUGAAGAAUACCGCUCAGCUGUCAAUACACUCCUCGAUACCAAACAUGUUUCCAAAGCUUUGAAGGAAUUGAAGACUCUGGUCGAGCGUUUCGCCAAUAACCGGUCUCUCAAUGACUUGUUCGCCAAAGCCAAGCAAUGCGCUAUCGAUGUACGCGAAGAUAAAGAUCUCCAGAAAUGGUUCCAGGAACUCCUCCAAGUUAUUCGAAAGACGAUCAACGAUGUUGGGUAUAUGCAGAGCGAAGAACUCAAGCAAACCAAGAAAGAUUUACGGACGCGAUGGAAGAAGUUCUUCGUCGAGGACUCGAAAUGGAAGACGCAUUAUGGGGCGUUAAGAAACGAGCUCAAUGCUUUCGAGGCCGCGUUGAGCCAGGAUAAAGAUACGAAGCGUUUGCGUGACGCGCAUGUUCAGCUUGGAAAGGCGAUUGAACAUGGUCUUGUCGAAGCCGGAGCGCAGGCCAAGUCGGGUUUACAUGCAGCUAUGGAGCAGGCGUCAUGGUUCUGGCGUGAUAUCUUCCAAGUUUACAUACCCCGUGCGUUGACAUUCAUGAAGGGAUUUCCGAUUCCGAGGACGGAGUAUAUCGAUAAGGACUCGGAGCUCGUUCUUGAGAAUCUUGAUAUCUCAUCCUUCAACAUCCAGCCAUCUCACAUUUACAUUCGAAACAUUACAGAUAUUGAUAUCAACACGGUUUCCGCUAACGCUCCCACGCGUACUGCCAUCGGUACACUUACACAUAUUCGUGCUCAAGCCAUCCAGCUCGCUCUGGAUAAGGUCUCGUUCUUCUAUCGAGAUAAACGAGCUUCCGUUGUCCCGAGCGACUAUUCUGGCCUCGUCUCCUUCACUCUUCCCCCCAAAGGCGUCGAUAUCGACCUCAAGCUCCGCCUCAUCCCUGCCACCGAAGAGAGGGAAGUUAAACGCGGUACUCGUAUCAGAGAGCGUGAGCUUCAUCAGGCUUUCCACGUUAUCGAGCAUGUACGGGUGGAUAUUACAUCAGACGUUGGUUUGACGAUUGCUCAGUCCAACCACCCGAUGCUAUUGAGUGUGUUCAAGCCUCUAGUUACCUUGCGUUUCCGCGAGGCCGUUGAGCGCGCGUUAACAGAGCAGAUCAGGGGUGCUAUAGAAUGGGCUGACGGGAUUGCAUGGGACGUUUCGAAGCGGGCAGAAGUGUUCACAGAUGGGGGUAUGGGGAUUGGGAGCGCUCUGUCUGCUGCGAUGUGGUCUGAGCUGGGCAGGCUGAGGAAGAUGUCAGGCUGGCAGGCUAUAGGGACGGGUACUGGGGUGGUUGUUGAGGGAGGGAAAGAUACAGCCCUUGCGAUGGGUGCAGAGCCGCAGAUCCUCUCUGGGGAGAAGAAGGGGCCUUUGGAUCAGUUGGCUGGUGAGGUUGGUGCUGAGGAUGCUCAGGCUGUGAGAGAGGUAGGACGGGAGGAGGUGACGGGUUUGAAAAGGGGUGUGGAGGCCAUGGCGACGGAAGGAAAGAGGCAGUUCCAGUCUUUCAUGCAGAGGGUUGAGGAAAAGACCGCGCAGGAGAAGAAGACGAAGGGAUGGCGUAGCGCUGCUUUUAACAUUAAAGCUUGAAUGUUUUUUGUAUUUUGUAUUAUUAGUGUACUAUGAAACAUUAUCUUCAACG